AUGGCUUACUCAGACGAAGACCCUAACCCGAAAACCUUCUGGCAAAUUAUCAAGUUCGUCUUCGACUGGUAUCCUGCAGCCUAUCCUGCCGAGGAGAAAAGGUUUUUGAGAAAGCUUGAUUGUUCGAUUCUCAUAUAUGCAUGUCUUACCUCCACAUCAACUCACUUUGGUUCAGAUUCGAGCAAUAUCAGUAAUGCCUACGUCAGUGGCAUGAAAGAAGAUCUUGGAUUGUACGGCAACGAGCUAAAUUACUUCAAUAUCUGCUACUACACGACAAUGGUGGUCUUCCAGAUCCCGCUGGUCUUUCUCCUGUCGAGACCCCUCGGGGCACGAUACGGUUUUGCAAUCCUCUCCGUCCUCUGGGGAGUCGUGACCUUCUGUCAAUCUGCAGUGACGAACGUCGACCAACUCUACGCGCUCCGAGCUUUGGUCGGCCUCUUCGAAGCACCCACCUUUGCUGCGACACAUGUCGUCCUUGCAGGAUCCUGGUAUCGGAAACCGGAAUUAUUCAAGAGAGCGGGUGUCUGGUUUAUCAGCCAGUCUCUCGGACAAAUGUUCAGCGGAUACCUUCAGGCAGCUGCCUACACAAACUUGGAUGGGGUUCAUGGCAUGGCUGGAUGGCGGUGGCUUUUUAUCAUCGACGGAGUCAUCACCAUCCCUAUUGCCGUGCUGGGUUUCUUGGUCUGGCCGGGAAUUCCCCAAAGCCGAAAGGUCUUCUAUUUCAAGGAUGCAGAGAUCGAGCUUGGCAAAAGACGAAUGCUUGAGUACAAGGCAAAAGCUCCUGGCAAGGUUGACUGGGCCAUGCUCAAGAGAGUCAUCUCAAGCUGGCAUUGGUGGGUCUUUGUGCCUUGCUUCAUAUUCACCGUAGAAGCUCUGUAUCCUACUCUAUACAUGAACCUUUGGCUCAAGGCGGAUGGUUACAGCGUCGAGCAAGUCAACAAUUACCCUACAAUCGCCUCUGCUGUUGGUAUUGUGGCCUCUUGGCUGGGAACUACACUUGCAGGCGGCGUCAUCGAGCCUUGGAUCAUGUUCGCUAUAGGAUGCACUUCUUCCAUCUUUGGAGCAAUUGUCAUGACGGUUUGGAACGUCCCUAAAGCAUUCAAGUUCUUCUCAUGGUGCAUCAUGGGCGUUUUCACAAUGCUGAGUCCGAUUAUCUGGUCUACUGUCAAUGUCGUGCUCAAAGGCGACGCGGAAAAACGCUCGAUCGUUAUUGCAUCAAUGAUGACCUUCGGCUAUGCAUUCUACAUCUGGGUGCCUCUUCUUCUCUACGCCACUGUUGAUGCACCACAGUGGAAGAAGGGCUGGCCUGCAUGCAUUGCAUUCAGUGUCGUGAUGUUUCUGCUCUUUGUAGUGGCAACACUUCUACAUCGCAGAGAGUGA